AUGAAAAACGAAUUGGAUUUCUGGCUUCAGAAAGCAAGUUCGUUGAUUAAUAAGGUUCGAACUCGGUUCGCAGAUGACGAUAGCAUUUAUGAGUCGUUCUUGGUUUUGCUCAGUUCAUACCGUAAGGGUAAGGGUAAAGGGCAACAGGAUAUGGGUUCGCUUUGUGAUCAGAUCCACGAUCUUUUCAAGGACCACCCUGAUUUGUUCCAGGAAUUCUUCAGCUUUGUUUCAAAUUCGGUUCCUAAUGAAACCAGUACCAAUAAGUCAUGUUCUUUUGACUUGCAAGCUUUGUCCCAGCAAGGAAAUUCUCUGUUCAAGAAGAUUCAAAGCUGUUUAUGUGGGUCGGAUUAUCAUUACAACUACUUUUUGGAGCGUAUUCACUGCUACACUUCUGGACAUAUAGGGCUUGAUAGUGUUCUUGGAAGCUGUCCUCUGGGUUUCGUGGAUGAAUUGCAUAAUUUUAUCAAAUAUUGUGAGAAUUUGGGUGGGUUUCCUGCUCCUCCUGCUGGUGUAUUAUGUGAGAGUUCAUUGGGCUCGGGCCAAAAAAAGCGUAAAGGGUCUCGUUUUUCUACUGGUUGUGGUAGUGGUGAAUCUGGUGAUGAAGUGAAAUCGUCUCAUAAAGGCCAACAGUGGCAAAAGUAUGGGAGGGAUGAUAAUUUUUGUGGAUUUCUCGCUCAUGCUCAUGCUGUUCCAGCAUUAUGUGAGAAUUCAUUGGACUGGGCGCGAAAAAAGUGUAAAGGCUCUCAUAUGUCUGCUGCUGCUGGUGGUAGUGGUGAAAAAGCAAAACCAUCUCAUAAAGGCCAACAGAGGCAAAAGCUUAUAACUAAGGAUGAUGAAGACCAUGAACCUGACCUCUCUAAGUGUACAAAAGCUACACCUAGUUACUGGAUUUCGAAUGGCAAUUUGGUGUGUGCCAAUUUGGAUUACUCUAUAAAAAGAAUCAAAAAAAGCAAGGAGCAGAAAGUUUGCGAGGAUUUUGAGGACCUAAAAUAUGAUCGGGAUAGGUUCCUAACACCUAUACGAUCAACAAUAGAGUGUGCAGAGUGUUUAAUGAAUGAGAUACAGGGUAAGUCAUUGGAGGAGCCUAUCAUAGUAGAAGACUACUACUUUGGUACAAAGCAUAUUGAAUGCAUUGAGACACACUGUAAUGUCAAAGGUGAUGAGUUACGGGAAAACCCAAGACAUGUGUUACCUGGAAUUCUUCAUUGCCUUCGCCAAAAGCUAGAAGAGUUUAAGAAGGAACAAGGGUCUGUUACAUUCAAAAAUUACUGUAUCUCUACGGGAAAUAUGAGAUAUAGUUUGAAGAAGUAG